AUGGACGAAGAAGACGCAGAAGACGAAGUAAACGCAGAAGACAAAGUAGACGCAGAAGACAAAGUAGACGCAGAAGACAAAGUAGACGCAGAAGACGAAGUAGACGCAGAAGACGAAGUAGACGCAGAAGACGAAGUAGACGCAGAAGACGAAGUAGACGCAGAAGACAAAGUAGACGCAGAAGACGAAGUAGACGCAGAAGACGAAGUAGACGCAAAAGACGAAGUAGACGCAGAAGACGAAGUAGACGCAGAAGACGAAGUAGAGUCAGAAGACGAAGUAGACGCAGAAGACGAAGUAGACGCAGAAGACGAAGUAGACGCAGAAGACGAAACGGCACGGGUGAAAGCUGCCCGCCACCGCGCGGAGGUGAAAAGAAACCUGGACGAGCAGGUUACAGAAAGCCUGUUGGCUCUUUGCGAGGCUGCCUGCUGUCAGUGA